AUGUCUUUUCUGGAUUUGUUUGCUCUUUCUUCUAAGAAAAAUUGCAAGGUGGCGGAGGUGUUGAUUUGGACCGAAGGAACACAUAGGUGGGAUUUCGAGUCGCUUUUUCUUGGCGAAAACGGUACCGGUACAGCUGCAUGGGCAGCAGCGGCUGCCAUGCCUUGCUGGAACAGAUUCAGCAUGUCGGUUAGCGGUCACAUUCCUUUCAAGUUCGAGAAUGACACAUUCGUUUGGUCUAUUAAUGCGGAGAAGGAGUUUACCGUGGCUAACAUCUCUUCCGCGGUCAACAACUCUAAACCUUUUGGAUGGGAUUCUAUUUUAAUUAGAUGGUUGAAAGCUAUGUGGGAUCUUAAUCUUCCGCCUAAGAUUAAGUUGUUUGCAUUGAGAUUCCUAAUUGAUCGGCUUCCCACUAAGGAUGAAUUAUUGAAAAGAGGUCUUUCUAGCAUUUCCAAUCCGAAUUGUGACUUUUGUGGUAAUGUUUUGGAAUCUACAUCUCACCUUUUCUUUCUUUGCCAAGAGGCGAGGGAGAUUUGGAAUCAUAUUUUCGGGUGGUUAGGCAUUAAGGAGGAAAUCAACUUUGAGGAAUUCUUGUCGUUUGGCGAUUUACAAGAUAAGGUGAAGAAUAGAAAGCGAAUAACUCUUAUCAACUUUGUAUGGUUUGCAACCAUUUGGAGUCUUUGGCUAAUGAGAAAUGCUAUAAUCUUCAAGGAGGAGGGGUUUUGUUUCGAUGUCAUUUGUACUAAUAUAGUCUUUCUAGCUUGGCGUUGGUUGUGUGUCGGAUACCCUAAGUUUAGACCAAGCUAUUACGAAUGGUUUAAACUUCCCUUAUCCGAUUAUGUUAACCUUUAG